AUGUUUCCAAAAACAUUAGCUCCAACCAAAAUCAAUCGCAAUAAUUUCAAAUUUGAUAACAUGUUUGUGAUAACUGCGAUGGCUAUGUUCAUUAACAGAUCACACCCAUCGAUACCAAGAAAUUUGUUCUGGGUUUUGCAAUUCCUCAUCAUACUAACGCUAUCGACAACCACAUUUCUGUUUCUGGGUAAUUCUGUGCUACUCUACGACAUUCCAGCAGGACGAUACGCUGAAGCUAGCAAGAAUGGCACUAUGGCUAUUGUCGCAUUCACAAUCACAAUUAAAUAUUCGUUUCUGCUAUAUUUCCAAAAAUACAUGAAGAACCUCAUCAAUGUAGUGGACAGGGAUUAUAAAUUAGCUAUGGAUUUCGAAGAGGAAGAAAAAGAAAUCGUGAUUAUGUACGCCAAGAAGGGCGCUAAAGUCAGUUGGUAUUGGCUGCUGGCGGCUCUAUCAACUAGCAUCGCGUUUCCCUUAAAGGCAAUAUUUAAGAUGGGUUAUUCAUAUUGGCAAGGGGACUUCAAGUACAUUCCCAUGUUCGACAUGAGGUAUCCAGAUCGUCUCGACAUUCUAAAAGACAUACCAGCUAUGUUUAUACUUCUUUUUGUGCUUUGCUUAAUGUUUGGCUGCUACGCGACGACAAUGUAUAUAGGAUUCGACCCCUUGGUCCCUAUAUUUUUAUUGCACAUUUGUGGACAGUUAGAUAUACUCAGCAAAAGGAUAUUGAAGAUAUUCUCAGAAAAUUAUAAUGAAGAAGAAAUCAAUGAGAAGUUGAAAGACGUUAACAUUAAAUUGCAAGAUUUGUACGGGUUAAUAGAAAAUAUAAAAAACAAGUUUACUGUAUUGUUUGAGUACAAUAUGAAGACAACGACCUUUUUGUUACCAUUGUCCUUAUUUCAGGUUGUUGAGGACUUAAAACGUUCGCAAUUGAAUAUGGAAUUUCUUUCGUUUUUCGUAGCAACUAUUUUACAUUUUUACAUGCCGUGUUAUUAUAGCGAUAAUCUUUUGGAACGGAGCUAUUACCUACGUGAAGCCAUAUACUCCUGCGGUUGGGAGACCCACCCGAACACUCGGGCUCGCAAGACAGUGUUGCUGAUGAUGACCAGGACCACGGCACCGCUAGUUUUGAGCACCAUCUUCUAUACUAUAUGUCUGGACACUUUUGCAGAGAUGUGCCGUCAAUCGUACGCUAUAUUUAAUAUCAUGAACGCAGCCUGCGCUUAA